AAGGCGAACAGCCAGAAACUGAUACAAAAAAGGACCCCGCAGGUUGUAACCGCAAUAUGCCCGCAACGGAAGGUCAUGAUUGCUACAAAAGCAAGCAGCAAAGCGACCAGGAUAUUGCCAAGGACCCCCGGGACGUAACGCACGUCAGAAAGAGCGCCCAGAGCACUAAAGCAGCCGAGCGUGACCACGACGCUGCGACAGAAGGCAUGCACGACCACGGCUCCACCCUGCAAGACAUUGACGACCACGGCACCACAAAGGAAACUGAGCGCCACGAGGGUGCUACGAAGGAAGCCGAGCCUGUCCACAGCACUGCAGCACCAAGUGAGCGCUUCACACCGCCUACGAAGAAACUGAGUGUGACCACCGCCUUGCGGCAUGAGACUACAGCGUCCACAGCGCCUCAGAAGAAUCCCAGUGCGACUAUGGUGCCUGCGAAGAUUGCAAGAUGGACCACGGCACCUCCGAAGAAUCCAAGCACGACCACAGCCCUGCUGCCUGACGCGAGUGCGUAUACGGCACUUCAUGUGAUUCCAAGCGCGACCAUGGCGCCUGCGAAGGCCGCGAGUGCGACCACGGCACCUCCGAAGCUUGCAAGCGUGACCACGAAGCCGCCGCCCCACACGAGAACGUGUACAGCACCUCCGAAAAAUCCAACCGUGACGAUGGCCCUGCCGCCUGAGGCAAGCGCGUCUGCGGUACCUCAGAGGAAUCGAAGCGCGACCACGGCACCUGCGCAGCUUGCCAGUGUGACGGCGGCACCUGCAAAGAACUCAAGCGUGACCCCGGCGCUCCCGCACGAGGCGAGUGCCUCUACGGCACCUCAGUGGAAUCCAAGCGCGACCACGGCGCCUGCGCAGCUUGCAAAUGUGACGGCGGUACCUGCAAAGAAUUCAAGCGUGACCUCGGCGCUCCCGCCCGAGGCGAGCGCAUCCGCGGCACCUCAGUGGAAUCCAAGCGCGACCACGACGCCUGCGCAGCUUGCAAAUGUGACGGCGGCACCUGCAAAGAAUUCAAGCGUGACCUCGGCGCUCCCACCCGAGGCGAGCGCAUCCGCGGCACCUCAGUGGAAUCCAAGCGCGACCACGGCGCCUGCGCAGCUUGCAAAUGUGACGGCGGCACCUGCAAAGAAUUCAAGCGUGACCCCGACGCUCCCGCCCGAGGCGAGCGCCUCCACGGCACAACAGAAGAAUCCAAGCGCAACCACGGCGUCUGCGAAGAUUGCGAAUGCGACCACGGCACCUCCGCAGAACGCAAGCAUGACCGUGGCCCUGCCGCCUGAGGCUAGCGCAUCCGCGGCACCUAGGAGAAAUCCAAGCGUGACCACGGCGCCUGCGCAGCUUGCGAGUGUGACGGCGGCACCUGCAAAGAACUCAAGCGUGACCCCGGCGCUCCUGCCUAUGGCGAGCGCCUCUACGGCACCUCAGAAGAAUCCAAGCGCAACCACGGCGUCUGCGAAGAUUGCGAGUGCGACCAUGGUACCUCCGAAGAAUGCAAGCAUGACCACGACCCUGCCGCCUGAGGCGAGCGCAUCUGCGGCACCUGAGAGGAAUCCAAGCACGACCACGGCGCCUGCGCAGCUUGCGAAUGUGACGGCGGCACCUGCAAAGAACUCAAGCGUGUCCCCGGCCCUGCUGCCUGAGGCGAGCGCAUCCGCGGUACCUCAGAGGAAUCCAAGCGCGACCACGGCGCCUGCGCGGCUUGCAAAUGUGACGGCGGCACGUGGAAAAAACUCAAGCCUGACCCCGGCGCUGCCGCCCGAGGCGAGUGCUUCUACGGCACCUCAAAAGAAUCCAAGCGGGACCACGGCGUCAGCGAAAAUUGCGAGUGCGACCACGGCACCUCCCAAGAAUGCAAGCAUGACCACGGCCCUGCCGCCUGAGGCGAGCACAUCUGCGGCACCUCAGAGAAAUCCAAGCGCGACCACGGCGUCUGCGCAGCUUCCGAGUGCGACCACAGCAUCUCCGAAGAAUGCAAGCGCGACUACGGCGCUGCCGCCUGAAGCGACUGCGUCUACGGCACCUCACAGGAUUCCAAGCGCGAUUACGGAACCUGUGCAGCUUGCGAGUGCGACCACGGCACCUCCGAAGAAACCAAACGUGACCAUGGCCCUGCUGCCUGAGGCUAGCGCAUCCGCGGCACUUCAGAGGAACCCAAGCGCGACCACGGCGCCUGCGAAGAUUGCGAGUGAGACCACAGCAGCUCCGCAGAAUGCAAGCGCGACUACGGCGCUGCCGCCUGAAGAGACUGCGUCUACGGCACCUCAGAAGAAUCCAAGUGCGAUUACGGAACCUGCGAAGCUUGCCAGUGCGACAACGGCACCUUCGAAGAAACCAAGCGUGACCACGGCCCUGCUGCCUGACGCGAGUGCAUCCACGGCACCUCAAAGGAACCCAAGCGCGUCCACGGCGCCUGCGAAGAUUGCGAGUGUGACCACGGCACCUCUAAAGAACCCAAGCGUGACCAUGGUCCUGACUCCCGAGGCGAUCACAUCCACGGCACCUCAGGGGAAUCGAAGCGUGACCACGGUGCAUACGAACCUCGCGAGUGCGACCAUGGCACCUUCGAAGAAUCCAGUCGUGACCACGGUUCUUCUGCCUGAGGCAAGUGCGUCGACGGCGACGGCACCUCAGAAGAAUCCAAGUGCGACCAUGGCCCUGCCACCUCAGGCGAGCGCGUCUGCAGUACCUCAGAGGAAUCCAAGCGCCACCACGGCGCCUGCGCAGCUUGCGAGUGUGACGGUGGCACCUGCAAAGAAGUCAAGCGUGACCCCGGCGCCCCUGCCUGAGGCCAGGUCCUCUAUGACACCUCAGAAGAAUCCAAGCGCGACCACGGCGUCUGCGAAGAUUGCGAGUGAGACCACGGCACCUCCGAAGAAUGCAAGCAUGACCACGACCCUGCCGCCUGAGGCGAGCGCAUCUGCGGCACCUGAGAGGAAUCCAAGCACGACCACGGCGCCCGCGCAGCUUGCGAGUGUGACGGCGGCACCUGCAAAGAACUCAAGCGUGACCCCUGCGCUCCUGCCCGAUUCGAGUGCCACUACGGCACCUCAGAAGAAUCCAAGCGCGACCACGGCGUCUGCGAAGAUUGCGAGUGCGACCAUGGCACCUCCGAAGAAUGCAAUCAUGACCAUGGCCCUGCCGCCUGAGGCGAGCGCCUCUACGGCAUCUCAGAAGAAUCCAAGCGCGACCACGGCGUCUGCGAAGAUUACAAGUGCGACUACGGCACCUCCGAAGAAUGCAAGCAAGACCACGAACCUGCCGCCUGAAGCGAGCGCAUCCGCGGCACCUCAGAGGAACCCAAGCGCGACCACGACGCCAACGCAGCAUGCAAGUGUGUCGGCCUCACCUGGAAAAAACUCAAGCCUGACCCCGGCGCUCCCGCCCGAGGCGAGUGCUUCUACGGCACCUCAGGAGAAUCGAAGCGGGACCACGGCUUCUGCGAAGAUUGCGAGUGCGACCACGGCACCUCCGAAUAAUGCAAGCAUGACCACGGCCCUGCCGCCUGAGGUAAGCGCGUCUGCGGCACCUCAGAGAAAUCCAAGCGCGACCACAGCGUCUGUGCAGCUUCCGAGUGUGACCACAGCAUCUCCGCAGAAUGCAAGCGCGACUACGGCGCUGCCGCCUGAAGGGACUGCGUCUACGGCACCUCAGAAGAAUCCAAGUGCGAUUACGGAACCUGCGAAGCUUGCGAGUGCGACCACGGCGCCUUCGAAGAACCCAAGCAUGACCACGACCCUGCUGCCUGACGCGAGCGCAUCCACGGCACCUCAGACGAAUCGAAGCGUGACCACGGUGCCUGCGAACAUCGCGAGUGCGACCAUGGCACCUUCGAACAAUCCAGUCGUGACCACGGCCCUUCUGCCUGAGGCGAGCGCCUCUACGGCACCUCAGCAGAAUCCCAGCGCGACCACGCCGUCUGCGAAGAUUGCGAGUGAGACCACGGCACCUCCGAAGAAUGCAAGCAUGACCACGACCCUGCCUACUGAGGCGAGCGCAUCUGCGGCACCUGAGAGGAAUCCAAGCACAACCACGGCGUCUGCGCAGCUUGCAAGUGUGACGGCGGCACCUGCAAAGAACUCAAGCGGGACCCCGGCGCUCCUGCCCGAUUCGAGUGCCACUACGGCACCUCAGAAGAAUCCAAGCGCGACCACGCCGUCUGCGAAGAUUGCGAGUGAGACCACGGCACCUCCGAAGAAUGCAAGCAUGACCACGACCCUGCCUACUGAGGCGAGCGCAUCUGCGGCACCUGAGAGAAAUCCAAGCACAACCACGGCGUCUGCGCAGCUUGCGGGUGUGACGGCGGCACCUGCAAAGAACUCAAGCGGGACUCCGGCGCUCCUGCCCGAUUCGAGUGCCACUGCGGCACCUCAGAAGAAUCCAAGCGCGACCACGCCGUCUGCGAAGAUUGCGAGUGAGACCACGGCACCUCCGAAGAAUGCAAGCAUGACCACGACCCUGCUGCCUGAGGCGAGCGCAUCUGCGGCACCUGAGAGGAAUCCAAGCGCAACCACGGCGUCUGCGCAGCUUGCGAGUGUGACGGCGGCACCUGCAAAGAACUCAAGCGGGACCCCGGCGCUCCUGCCUGAGGCGAGCGCCUCUACGGCACCUCAGCAGAAUCCCAGCGCGACCACGCCGUCUGCGAAGAUUGCGAGUGAGACCACGGCACCUCCGAAGAAUGCAAGCAUGACCACGACCCUGCCUACUGAGGCGAGCGCAUCUGCGGCACCUGAGAGGAAUCCAAGCACAACCACGGCGUCUGCGCAGCUUGCAAGUGUGACGGCGGCACCUGCAAAGAACUCAAGCAGGACCACGGCGCUCCUGCCUGAGGCGAGCGCCUCUACGGCACCUCAGAAGAAUCUAAGUGCGACCACGGCGUCUGCGAAGAUUGCGAGUGCGACCACGGCACCUCCAAAGAAUGCAAGCAUGACCACGACCCUGCCGCCUGAGGCGAGCGCGUCUGCAGCACCUCAGAGGAAUCCAAGCGCGACCACGGCGCCUGCGCAGCUUGCGAGUGUGCUGGCGGCACCGGCAAAGAACUCAAGCGUGUCCACGGCCCUUCUGCCUGAGGCGAGCGCAUCCGCGGCACCUCAGAGGAAUCCAAGCACGACGACGGUGCCUGCGCAGCUUGAAAGUGUGACGGCGGCACCUGGAAAAAACUUAAGCGCGACCCCGGUGCUCCCGCCCGAGGCGAGUGCUUCUACGGCACCUCAGAAGAAUCGAAGCGGGACCACGGCGUGUGCAAAGAUUGCGAGUGCGACCACGGCGCCUCCGAAGAAUGCAAGCAUGACCACGACCCUGCCGCCUGAGGCGAGCGCAUCUGCGGCACCUGAGAGGAAUCCAAGCACGACCACGGCGCCUGCGCAGCUUGCGAAUGUGACGGCGGCACCUGUAAAGAACUCAAGCGUGUCCCCGGAACUGCUGCCUGAGGCGAGCGCAUCCGCGGUACCUCAGAGGAACCCAAGCGCGACCACGGCGCCUGCGCGGCUUGCAAAUGUGACGGCGGCACGUGGAAAAAACUCAAGCCUGACCCCGGCGCUGCCGCCCGAGGCGAGUGCUUCUACGGCACCUCAAAAGAAUCCAAGCGGGACCACGGCGUCAGCGAAAAUUGCGAGUGCGACCACGGCACCUCCCAAGAAUGCAAGCAUGACCACGGUCCUGCCGCCUGAGGCGAGCACAUCUGCGGCACCUCAGAGAAAUCCAAGCGCGACCACCGCGUCUGCGCAGCUUCCGAGUGCGACCACAGCAUCUCCGAAGAAUGCAAGCGCGACUACGGCGCUGCCGCCUGAAGCGACUGCGUCUACGGCACCUCACAGGAUUCCAAGCGCGAUUACGGAACCUGUGCAGCUUGCGAAUGCCACCACGGCACCUCCGAAGAAACCAAACGUGACCAUGGCCCUGCUGCCUGAGGCUAGCGCAUCCGCGGCACUUCAGAGGAACCCAAGCGCGACCACGGCGCCUGCGAAGAUUGCGAGUGAGACCGCAGCAGCUCCGCAGAAUGCAAGCGCGACUACGGCGCUGCCGCCUGAAGAGACUGCGUCUACGGCACCUCACAGGAUUCCAAGCGCGAUUACGGAACCUGUGCAGCUUGCGAGUGCGACCACGGCACCUCCGAAGAAACCAAACGUGACCAUGGCCCUGCUGCCUGAGGCUAGCGCAUCCGCGGCACUUCAGAGGAACCCAAGCGCGACCACGGCGCCUGCGAAGAUUGCGAGUGAGACCGCAGCAGCUCCGCAGAAUGCAAGCGCGACUACGGCGCUGCCGCCUGAAGAGACUGCGUCUACGGCACCUCAGAAGAAUUCAAGUGCGAUUACGGAACCUGCGAAGCUUGCCAGUGCGACAACGGCACCUUCGAAGAAACCAAGCGUGACCACGGCCCUGCUGCCUGACGCGAGUGCAUCCACGGCACCUCAAAGGAACCCAAACGCGUCCACGGCGCCUGCGAAGAUUGCCAGUGUGACCACGGCACCUCUAAAGAACCCAAGCGUGACCAUGGUCCUGACUCCCGAGGCGAUCACAUCCACGGCACCUCAGGGGAAUCGAAGCGUGACCACGGUGCAUACGAACCUCGCGAGUGCUACCAUGGCACCUUCGAAGAAUCCAGUCGUGACCACGGUUCUUCUGCCUGAGGCAAGUGCGUCGACGGCGACGGCACCUCAGAAGAAUCCAAGUGCGACCAUGGCCCUGCCACCUCAGGCGAGCGCGUCUGCAGUACCUCAGAGGAAUCGAAGCGCCACCACGGCGCCUGCGCAGCUUGCGAGUGUGACGGCGGCACCUGCAAAGAACUCAAGCGUGACCCCGGCGCCCCUGCCUGAGGCCAGCUCCUCUAUGACACCUCAGAAGAAUCCAAGCGCGACCACGGUGUCUGCGAAGAUUGCGAGUGAGACCACGGCACCUCCGAAGAAUGCAAGCAUGACCACGACCCUGCCGCCUGAGGCGAGCGCAUCUGCGGCACCUGAGAGGAAUCCAAGCACGACCACGGCGCCCGCGCAGCUUGCGAGUGUGACGGCGGCACCUGCAAAGAACUCAAGCGUGACCCCUGCGCUCCUGCCCGAUUCGAGUGCCACUACGGCACCUCAGAACAAUCCAAGCGCGACCACGGCGUCUGCGAAGAUUGCGAGUGCGACCAUGGCACCUCCGAAGAAUGCAAUCAUGACCAUGGCCCUGCCGCCUGAGGAGAGCGCCUCUACGGCAUCUCAGAAGAAUCCAAGCGCGACCACGGCGUCUGCGAAGAUUACAAAUGCGACUACGGCACCUCCGAAGAAUGCAAGCAAGACCACGACCCUGCCGCCUGAAGCGAGCGCAUCCGCGGCACCUCAGAGGAAUCCAAGCGCGAUCACGACGCCAGCGCAGCUUGCAAGUGUGUCGGCCUCACCUGGAAAAAACUCAAGCCUGACCCCGGCGCUCCCGCCCGAGGCGAGUGCUUCUACGGCACCUCAGGAGAAUCGAAGCGGGACCACGGCUUCUGCGAAGAUUGCGAGUGCGACCACGGCACCUCCGAAUAAUGCAAGCAUGACCACGGCCCUGCCGCCUGAGGUAAGCGCGUCUGCGGCACCUCAGAGAAAUCCAAGCGCGACCACAGCGUCUGCGAGCGCCUCUACGGCAUCUCAGAAGAAUCCAAGCGCGACCACGGCGUCUGCGAAGAUUACAAGUGCGACUACGGCACCUCCGAAGAAUGCAAGCAAGACCACGAACCUGCCGCCUGAAGCGAGCGCAUCCGCGGCACCUCAGAGGAAUCCAAGCGCGACCACGACGCCAACGCAGCAUGCAAGUGUGUCGGCCUCACCUGGAAAAAACUCAAGCCUGACCCCGGCGCUCCCGCCCGAGGCGAGUGCUUCUACGGCACCUCAGGAGAAUCGAAGCGGGACCACGGCUUCUGCGAAGAUUGCGAGUGCGACCACGGCACCUCCGAAUAAUGCAAGCAUGACCACGGCCCUGCCGCCUGAGGUAAGCGCGUCUGCGGCACCUCAGAGAAAUCCAAGCGCGACCACAGCGUCUGUGCAGCUUCCGAGUGUGACCACAGCAUCUCCGCAGAAUGCAAGCGCGACUACGGCGCUGCCGCCUGAAGGGACUGCGUCUACGGCACCUCAGAAGAAUCCAAGUGCGAUUACGGAACCUGCGAAGCUUGCGAGUGCGACCACGGCGCCUUCGAAGAACCCAAGCAUGACCACGACCCUGCUGCCUGACGCGAGCGCAUCCACGGCACAUCAGACGAAUCGAAGCGUGACCACGGUGCCUGCGAACAUCGCGAGUGCGACCAUGGCACCUUCGAACAAUCCAGUCGUGACCACGGCCCUUCUGCCUGAGGCGAGCGCCUCUACGGCACCUCAGCAGAAUCCCAGCGCGACCACGCCGUCUGCGAAGAUUGCGAGUGAGACCACGGCACCUCCGAAGAAUGCAAGCAUGACCACGACCCUGCCUACUGAGGCGAGCGCAUCUGCGGCACCUGAGAGGAAUCCAAGCACAACCACGGCGUCUGCGCAGCUUGCAAGUGUGACGGCGGCACCUGCAAAGAACUCAAGCGGGACCCCGGCGCUCCUGCCCGAUUCGAGUGCCACUACGGCACCUCAGAAGAAUCCAAGCGCGACCACGCCGUCUGCGAAGAUUGCGAGUGAGACCACGGCACCUCCGAAGAAUGCAAGCAUGACCACGACCCUGCCUACUGAGGCGAGCGCAUCUGCGGCACCUGAGAGAAAUCCAAGCACAACCACGGCGUCUGCGCAGCUUGCGGGUGUGACGGCGGCACCUGCAAAGAACUCAAGCGGGACUCCGGCGCUCCUGCCCGAUUCGAGUGCCACUGCGGCACCUCAGAAGAAUCCAAGCGCGACCACGCCGUCUGCGAAGAUUGCGAGUGAGACCACGGCACCUCCGAAGAAUGCAAGCAUGACCACGACCCUGCUGCCUGAGGCGAGCGCAUCUGCGGCACCUGAGAGGAAUCCAAGCACAACCACGGCGUCUGCGCAGCUUGCGGGUGUGACGGCGGCACCUGCAAAGAACUCAAGCGGGACUCCGGCGCUCCUGCCCGAUUCGAGUGCCACUGCGGCACCUCAAAAGAAUCCAAGCGGGACCACGGCGUCAGCGAAAAUUGCGAGUGCGACCACGGCACCUCCCAAGAAUGCAAGCAUGACCACGGUCCUGCCGCCUGAGGCGAGCACAUCUGCGGCACCUCAGAGAAAUCCAAGCGCGACCACCGCGUCUGCGCAGCUUCCGAGUGCGACCACAGCAUCUCCGAAGAAUGCAAGCGCGACUACGGCGCUGCCGCCUGAAGCGACUGCGAACCCAAGCGCGACCACGGCGCCUGCGAAGAUUGCGAGUGAGACCACAGCAGCUCCGCAGAAUGCAAGCGCGACUACGGCGCUGCCGCCUGAAGAGACUGCGUCUACGGCACCUCACAGGAUUCCAAGCGCGAUUACGGAACCUGUGCAGCUUGCGAGUGCGACCACGGCACCUCCGAAGAAACCAAACGUGACCAUGGCCCUGCUGCCUGAGGCUAGCGCAUCCGCGGCACUUCAGAGGAACCCAAGCGCGACCACGGCGCCUGCGAAGAUUGCGAGUGAGACCACAGCAGCUCCGCAGAAUGCAAGCGCGACUACGGCGCUGCCGCCUGAAGAGACUGCGUCUACGGCACCUCAGAAGAAUCCAAGUGCGAUUACGGAACCUGCGAAGCUUGCCAGUGCGACAACGGCACCUUCGAAGAAACCAAGCGUGACCACGGCCCUGCUGCCUGACGCGAGUGCAUCCACGGCACCUCAAAGGAACCCAAACGCGUCCACGGCGCCUGCGAAGAUUGCCAGUGUGACCACGGCACCUCUAAAGAACCCAAGCGUGACCAUGGUCCUGACUCCCGAGGCGAUCACAUCCACGGCACCUCAGGGGAAUCGAAGCGUGACCACGGUGCAUACGAACCUCGCGAGUGCUACCAUGGCACCUUCGAAGAAUCCAGUCGUGACCACGGUUCUUCUGCCUGAGGCAAGUGCGUCCACGGCGACGGCACCUCAGAAGAAUCCAAGUGCGACCAUGGCCCUGCCACCUCAGGCGAGCGCGUCUGCAGUACCUCAGAGGAAUCCAAGCGCCACCACGGCGCCUGCGCAGCUUGCGAGUGUGACGGCGGCACCUGCAAAGAACUCAAGCGUGACCCCGGCGCCCCUGCCUGAGGCCAGCUCCUCUAUGACACCUCAGAAGAAUCCAAGCGCGACCACGGUGUCUGCGAAGAUUGCGAGUGAGACCACGGCACCUCCGAAGAAUGCAAGCAUGACCACGACCCUGCCGCCUGAGGCGAGCGCAUCUGCGGCACCUGAGAGGAAUCCAAGCACGACCACGGCGCCCGCGCAGCUUGCGAGUGUGACGGCGGCACCUGCAAAGAACUCAAGCGUGACCCCUGCGCUCCUGCCCGAUUCGAGUGCCACUACGGCACCUCAGAACAAUCCAAGCGCGACCACGGCGUCUGCGAAGAUUGCGAGUGCGACCAUGGCACCUCCGAAGAAUGCAAUCAUGACCAUGGCCCUGCCGCCUGAGGCGAGCGCCUCUACGGCAUCUCAGAAGAAUCCAAGCGCGACCACGGCGUCUGCGAAGAUUACAAGUGCGACUACGGCACCUCCGAAAAAUGCAAGCAAGACCACGACCCUGCCGCCUGAAGCGAGCGCAUCCGCGGCACCUCAGAGGAAUCCAAGCGCGAUCACGACGCCAGCGCAGCUUGCAAGUGUGUCGGCCUCACCUGGAAAAAACUCAAGCCUGACCCCGGCGCUCCCGCCCGAGGCGAGUGCUUCUACGGCACCUCAGGAGAAUCGAAGCGGGACCACGGCUUCUGCGAAGAUUGCGAGUGCGACCACGGCACCUCCGAAUAAUGCAAGCAUGACCACGGCCCUGCCGCCUGAGGUAAGCGCGUCUGCGGCACCUCAGAGAAAUCCAAGCGCGACCACAGCGUCUGUGCAGCUUCCGAGUGUGACCACAGCAGCUCCGAAGAAUGGAAGCGCGACUACUGCGCUGCCGUGUGAAGCGACUGCGUCUACGGCACCUCAGAGGAAUCCAAGCGCGAUUACGGAACCUGUGCAGCUUGUGAGUGCGACCACGGCACCUCCGAAGAAACCAAGCGUGACUACGGCCCUGCUGCCUGAGGCGAGUGCAUCCGUGGCACUUCGGAGAAUCCCAAGCGCGACCACGGCGCCUGUGAAGUUUGCGAGUGUGACAACAGCAUCUCCGCAGAAUGCAAGCGCGACUACGGCGCUGCCGCCUGAAGGGACUGCGUCUACGGCACCUCAGAAGAAUCCAAGUGCGAUUACGGAACCUGCGAAGCUUGCGAGUGCGACCACGGCGCCUUCGAAGAACCCAAGCAUGACCACGACCCUGCUGCCUGACGCGAGCGCGUCCACGGCACCUCAGACGAAUCGAGGCGUGACCACGGUGCCUGCGAACAUCGCGAGUGCGACCAUGGCACCUUCGAACAAUCCAGUCGUGACCACUGCCCUUCUGCCUGAGGCGAGCGCCUCUACGGCACCUCAGCAGAAUCCCAGCGCGACCACGCCGUCUGCGAAGAUUGCGAGUGAGACCACGGCACCUCCGAAGAAUGCAAGCAUGACCACGACCCUGCCGACUGAGGCGAGCGCAUCUGCGGCACCUGAGAGGAAUCCAAGCACAACCACGGCGUCUGCGCAGCUUGCAAGUGUGACGGCGGCACCUGCAAAGAACUCAAGCGGGACCCCGGCGCUCCUGCCCGAUUCGAGUGCCACUACGGCACCUCAGAAGAAUCCAAGCGCGACCACGCCGUCUGCGAAGAGUGCGAGUGAGACCACGGCACCUCCGAAGAAUGCAAGCAUGACCACGACCCUGCCGCGUGAGGCGAGCGCAUCUGCGGCACCUGAGAGGAAUCCAAGCACAACCACGGCGUCUGCGCAGCUUGCGAGUGUGACGGCGGCACCUGCAAAGAACUCAAGCGGGACCCCGGCGCUCCUGCCUGAGGCGAGCGCCUCUACGGCACCUCAGCAGAAUCCCAGCGCGACCACGCCGUCUGCGAAGAUUGCGAGUGAGACCACGGCACCUCCGAAGAAUGCAAGCAUGACCACGACCCUGCCUACUGAGGCGAGCGCAUCUGCGGCACCUGAGAGGAAUCCAAGCACAACCACGGCGUCUGCGCAGCUUGCAAGUGUGGCGGCGGCACCGGCAAAUAACUCAAGCGUGUCCACGGCCCUUCUGCCUGAGGCGAGCGCAUCCGCGGCACCUCAGAGGAAUCCAAGCACGACGACGGUGCCUGCGCAACUUGAAAGUGUGACGGCGGCACCUGGAAAAAACUUAAGCGUGACCCCGGUGCUCCCCCCCGAGGCGAGUGCUUCUACGGCACCUCAGAAGAAUCCAAGCGGGACCACGGCGUGUGCGAAGAUUGCGAGUGCGACCACGGCGCCUCCGAAGAAUGCAAGCAUGACCACGGCCCUGCCGCCUGAGGCGAGCGCGUCUGCGGCACCUCAGAAGAAUUCAAGUGCGAUUACGGAACCUGCGAAGCUUGCGAGUGCGACCACGGUGCCUUCGAAGAAUCCAAGCGUGACUACGACCCUGCUGCCUGACGCGAGCGCAUCCACGGCACCUCAGACGAAUCGAAGCGUGACCACGGCGCCUGCGAACAUCGCGAGUGCGACCAUGGCACCUUCGAAGAAUCCAGUCGUGACCACGGCCCUUCUGCCUGAGGCGAGUGCGUCGACGGCACCUCAGAAGAAUCCAAGUGCGACCACGGCGUCUGCGAAGAUUGCGAAUGUGACCACGGCACCUCCGAAGAAUACAAACAUGACCACGGCCCUGCCACCUCAGGCGAGCGCGUCUGCAGCACCUCAGAGGAAUCCAAGCGCCGCCGCGGCACCCGCUCAGCUUGCGAGUGUGACGGCGGCACCUGCAAAGAACUCAAGCGUGACCCCGGCGUUCCUGCCUGAGGCGAGCGCCUCUACGGCACCUCAGAAGAAUCCCAGCGCGACCACGCCGUCUGCGAAGAUCGCGAGUGAGACCACGGCACCUCCGAAGAAUGCAAGCAUGACCACGACCCUGCCGCCUGAGGCGAGCGCGUCUGCAGCACCUCAGAGGAAUCCAAGCGCCGCCACGGCACCCGCGCAGCUUGUGAGUGUGACGGCGGCACCUGCAAAGAACUCAAGCGCGACCCCGGCGCUCCUGCCUGAGGGGAGCGCCUCUACGGCACCUCAGAAGAAUCCCAGCGCGACCACGCCGUCUGCGAAGAUCGCGAGUGAGACCACGGCACCUCCGAAGAAUGCAAGCAUGACCACGACCCUGCCGCCUGAGGCGAGCGCAUCUGCGGCACCUGAGAGGAAUCCAAGCAUAACCACGGCGUCUGCGCAGCUUGCGAGUGUGACGGCGGUACCUGCAAAGAACUCAAGCGCGACCCCGGCGCUCCUGCCUGAGGCGAGCGCCUCUACGGUACCUCAGAAGAAUCCCAGCGCGACCACGCCGUCUGCGAAGAUCGCCAGUGAGACCACGGCACCUCCGAAGAAUGCAAGCAUGACCACGACCCUGCCGCCUGAGGCGAGCGCAUCUGCGGCACCUGAGAGGAAUCCAAGCGCGACCACGGCGCCUGCGCAGCUUGCGAGUGUGAUGACGGCACCUGCAAAGAACUCAAGCGUGUCGACGGCCCUUCUGCCUGAGGCGAGCGCAUCCGCGGCACCUCAGAUGAAUCCAAGCACGACGACGGUGCCUGCGCAGCUUGAAAGUGUGACGGCUGCACCUGGAAAAAACUCAAGCGUGACCCCGGCGCUCCCGCACGAGGCGAGGGCUUCUACGGCACCUCAGAAGAAUCCAAGUGGGACCACGGCGUCUGCGAAGAUUGCGAGUGCGACCACGGCGCCUCCGAAGAAUGCAAGCAUGACCACGGCCCUGCCGCCUGAGGCGAGCGCGUCUGCGGCACCUCGGAGAAAUCCAAGCGCGACCACAGCGUCUGCACAGCUUCCGAGUGCGACCACAGCAGCUCCGCAGAAUGCAAGCGCGACGACGGUGCUGCCGCCUGAAGCGAUUGCGUCUACGGCACUUCAGAGGAAUCCAAGUCCGAGUACGGAACCUGCGAAGGUUAAGAGUGCGACCACGGCACCUUCGAAGAACCCAAGCGUGACCACGACCCUGCUGCCUGACGCGAGCGGAUCCGCGGCACCUCAGAGGAACCCAAUCGCGACCACGGCGCCUGCGAAGAUUGAAUGUGUGACCACGGCACCUGUAAAGAACCCAAGCGUGACGAUGGUCCUGACUCCCGAGGCAAUUACAUCCACGGCACCUCAGAGGAUUCGAAGCGUGACCACGGCGCCUGCAAACCUCGCGAGUGCGACCAUGGCACCUUCGAAGAAUCCAGUCGCGACCAUGGCCCUGCUGCCUGAGACGAGUGCGUCGACGGCACUUCAGGGGAAUUUAAGCGCGACCACGGCGCCUGCGAAGUGUGGGAGUGCGACCACGGCACCUUCGCAGAAUGGAAGCGCGACCCUGGCGCUGCCGCCUGAAGCGACUGCGUCUGCGGGACCUGCAAGGAAUCUAAGCGCGAUUACGGAACCUGCGAAGCUUGCGAGUGCGACCACGGCGCCUCCGAAGAACCCUAGCGUGACCGCGGCCCUGCUGCCUGCGGCGAGUGCAUCCGCGGCCCCUCAGAUGAACCCAAGCGCAACCACGGCGCCUGCGAAGAACACAGGCGUUAUGACGGCGCUGAUGCCUAAGGCGAAUGCGUCUGUGUUACGUCAGAAGGUUCUAACCGCGAACAUGGCGUCUGGGAACCUUGGGAGUGUAAUCACGACACCUCCGAAGAAUGCAAGCGCGACCACUGCUCUGCCGCCCGGGGCGAGUGCGUCUACGGCGCCUCAGAAGAUUGGAAGUGCGACCACAGCGCCUGCGAAGCUUGCGAGUGCGACCACGGCACCUCCGAAGAAUGCAAGCUUGGCCACGGCCCUGCUGCCCGAGGCGAGCGCGUCUACGGCACCUCAGAGGAAUCCAAACGCGACCACGGCGCCUGCGCAGCUUGCGAUUGCGACAGCGGCACCUCCGAAAAAUCCAAUCAUGACCACGGCCCUGCUGCCCGAGGCGAGCGCGUCUAUGGCACCUCAGAGGAAUCCAAACGCGACCACGGCGCCUUCGAUGAUGGCGAGUGCGACCACGGCGAUGCCGCCCGAGGCGAGCGCGUCCACGGCACCUCCGGUCAAUCUAUCCACAUCUACGGCGCUGCUGCACGGAGCUAUUGCGUCCACUUCGUCUCCGAAGAUACCAACCAUAACUGCGGCACGAGGCGAGCGCGGCGAUGGAGCUGCGGCCCGAGGCGGGCCACGAGGGCUUUGUUGUGGCCCGGGCGCUCGUGGCGGAUAUGAAGGCCGAGCACAGGGAGAUGCCGUAGACAUGCAACGAAAGCCUAAUUUGCGCAGGGCCGGGCCUCCACAGAAUGAGGACGUUGUGGAUAAUAACUCACCCUUAUUGAGGCUCCGGUCUGACCUGUUCACCUGGACCAUGGCCUACAGAGACGACGCCGACAUUGUCGUUCCGUACAAGACGUGGCGCUGUGGCUUACCAACAGACACUCCUCUCACUUCGAUCGUCAAGCGGAACCGCGAAAUCCUGAAGACUAAGCCGAGAAAAGACGCCGCUUGGAUCGUCGGCAGCUGUGAGCACUACCGCUUCGCAAUGGAAAUGCAGACACUCGGCACAGUUGUCGACCAAGCUAAAGUCACUGCGGCCAGUGGCACUGGCACGGGCGGCACGCCCGAAGCGGAACUGUGUCCAUUGUGCCGUGCAUUGCGGAAUACUCCCGAGGAGUCUGCCAAGCAUGUUCGCUACGUCCACGAGUGGUGGAACCGACGCUCACUCUGUCGGCAUGCGGCCCAAUUUGCCGUACCGGCGAAGGACCACAGGGGUAACAUCAUCUCGUCGGCCUCCGUGACUGGGACCAGCUCUUCGAAACCGAAGCAGGUUGCCAUGGACCUCUCCGUGUUUGCAAACAGUGUGACGUCACUGGCAGUGCCACACCCGCACGUCCCGCCCUCGGAGCAGGCGCUGGCUGGCAAGAAAGUUCCGCCGGCGGGAUCUCUCUGCAUAGCAGCGAUGCGUGUAGCGCGGGCGCCUCGGCCCCCCUCGUCCGCGGUCCCGGGGCGGAUCGUGACACUGGCGACGAGUACAGUCAACGUGUCGACCCAGGCCAUCGAGAGCGGCAAAACAACGCCCCCCGCAUCUGCCGCCAUGCCGCUGUACGGAAGGCUCGAGCCGUUCGAGGGAGACGGGUCCGCCUGGCCCAUCUAUGAGGAGCAAGUUCACGUGUUUUUCCGCGCUAACGACACGCCCGAGGAGAAACAGCGGGACAUUUUCCUGGCAAGUUGCGGAACCCAAGUCUUCAGUCUCCUGCUCGACCUCCUAAAGCCGGCUACACCGCAUACCAAGACGCUCAGCGAGCUGCUCACUACCCUGCGCUCGCACUUCAGUCCGGCGUCGUCCACGCUAAUGGAGCGUUUCCGCUUCAACAACCGGAGCCGCCGGGAAGGGGAGAGCCUCGGGCAGUUCGUCGCCGCGCUACGAGGUUUGGCGAGUACCUGCGCUUUCGGGGACCAGCUGGACUCGCUGCUACGGGACCGUUUCGUCUGCGGCAUAAACAGCCCCGCCAUGCAGACACGUCUCCUGGAACUUCCCGACCCCUCGCUGGACGACGUGGUGAAAGCAGCGCUGGCGAUGGACGCGGCGACAAAAGACGCCGGCGAGAUUGCGCGUGCGGCGUCAACAGAAGCGGCGGUCAACAAGAUGGUGGCAAGGGACGGUAUAUGCAGUCGCUGCGGUGACGCCCAUUCCCCCUCACAGUGCCAGUUCGUACAUUCGCAGUGCUUCACGUGCGGAAAAACGGGGCACCUUGCACGAGUAUGCCGAACGGGGAAGCAGAACAGCGCACCACAGCAGCAGCCUGGAUCAAGCCCAGGUUCCACAACAGCCCGCGGUCAGGGUAGGCGUCGCAAGUGGCGGCGGGGACGUGCGGCAGCAGGCUCGGGUUCCUCCGCGGCCAGGCUCAACGUCGUGUCCGAGAACCCGCCGAUUUUCGACAUGUGGCACACAGGCCUUGUCCCGUCGUCUGUGCCGCCGUACGUGCUGACCGUCGAAGUUUGCGGGCGCCCCAUUUCCAUGGAACUGGACACGGGGGCCAGUGUGUCGGUCAUGGCUGGCAAACUUUUCAAAAGGACCUUCCCCGGAGUGGCCGUCGAGGCUUCAGGCGUCAUGCUGCGGAGUUACUCUGGAGAGCUUUCCCAGGUCGAAGGCCAGGCCCAGGUCAGCGUUCGUUUUGGCAACAGGGAAGCAACCCUUCCUCUGUAUUUGACCAAGGGGUCAUCACCGACGCUGCUCGGCAGAAAUUGGAUUUGCGCACUGGGUGUUCGGCUGCCAGAAGGCCAGGAAGCAGCCCUACAUGGCUUACAAGACAUCCCGAGCCUCCUAACAGAUUUCCAGUCACUGUUCCAGCCAGGGGUGGGCACAUUCGCCGGUACGACUGCUGGCAUCCAUGUACCCGAGGGAGUCCGGCCUCGGUUUUUCAAGCCUCGCCCGCUGCCGUUCGCACUGAAGGACGGGGUAACCCAGGAGCUGCAACGGUUACAGCGAGAAGGCAUCCUGGUACCAGUUAAGACUGCGGAGUGGGCCGCUCCCAUCGUUCCAGUCCCCAAGCGAGAUGGUAGUGUCAGAAUCUGUGGGGAUUUCAAGGUUACGAUCAACCCCGUCGCUACCGUCGAAAAGUACCCCCUGCCUCGGAUUGAAGAUCUCUGGUCGGCUUUGUCUGGUGGCCAGAAGUUCACGAAGCUCGACCUCAGAGACGCGUACCAGCAGUUGGUGCUCCAGGAGGCCUCACGGAAGUAUGUCACGAUAUCGACAACUAUGGGGCUUUUCCAGUAUACGCGUUUACCAUUUGGAGUGACCUCGGCACCAGCCAUCUUUCAGAGAGAGAUGGACAACCUCUUCAGGGGCAUGAAGCACGUGGCAGUGUACUUGGACGACAUCCUCGUCACCGGUAUUGACGAUGGAGACCACAUGCAGAAUCUGCACAACGUGCUGGCCCGACUUCAGGAUGCUGGUCUCAAGCUCAAGCGGGAAAAGUGCGUGUUCAUGGUUCCCAGUGUAGAAUACCUCGGACACGUCAUCUCCCAAGCCGGCCUGACUCCGGCCCCCCGCAAAGUUGAGGCUGUUCUGAAGGCGCCGAAGCCCCGAAACAAGAAAGAGCUGCAAAGCUACCUUGGUCUCAUCAAUUUCUACAGGAGGUUCCUGCCCAACCUGUCUGCGCAUCUACAGCCACUGCACAUUCUGCUUCGAGAUGGCCAGCAUUGGGUGUGGAAGAAGGAGCAGGACGUGGCCUUUGAGCACAGUAAACAGCUAAUCACCAAGGCACCGGUGCUGGUGCACUUCGAUCCAGCCAAGCCUGUUGUCCUUACUGUAGAUGCAUCACCCUAUGGUGUAGGAGCCGUCCUAGCGCACAGAGACAAGGAUGGCCAAGAACGCCCGGUGUCGUUUGCUUCUCGACGUCUUCACACAGCAGAGCAGCGUUACAGCCACCUGGACAAGGAAGGCCUCGCCCUCAUGUUUGGCGUCGAGCGUUUUCACCAGUACCUGUGGGGCCGAAAGUUCGAGGCAGUGACGGACCACAAACCACUGCUGGGGCUACUGGGGCCAGACAAGGCGGUCCCCGUGCAGGCAUCACCUCGAGUGGUACGAUGGGCCUUGAAGCUGGCGGCCUACAGCUACCAGUUGGUGUACCGUCCGGGAAAAGACCUGGGACCUGCCGAUGCCCUGAGCCGGUUGCCGCUGCCAGAGGUGCCUGCUGCUGUUCCAGAGCCAGCUGAAGUGCUCAUGCUGGAGCAUGCGUACCCAGAGGUACUCUCCAGGUCUGCUGUGUCGCAGGCGACCAGUCGGGACCCGGUCCUGUCCCAGGUGGUGAAGGCAGUAUCCCGAGGGGAGGAGUUGGUGCAGCAGCCCUACAGCCACAAGGCCGCUGAGCUGAGCCUGGAGCAGGGCUGCCUACUUUGGGGUUCCAGGGUGGUGAUCCCACAAAGUCUCCGGUCCAGGGUCCUGCAGUUGCUGCACGCGGGGCAUCCUGGCGUGGAAAAGACAAAGAUGGUGGCCCGGUCCCACGUUUGGUGGCCUGGACUGGACCAGGACAUCGCUCACAUGGUGCAGAGCUGCCAAGUCUGCCAGGAACAUCAACGGGCCUCGCGUCAUGUGGAGAUCACCCCAUGGCCAUUCCCACAGAGGCCCUGGUCCCGCCUUCACGUGGAUUUUGGGGGCCCCUUCAAAGGCCACUACUUCCUGGUGGUAGUCGACGCAUUUUCAAAGUGGGUAGAAGUCCUACCUGUCACCACUCCGUCAGCAGGUGCGACCAUUGCAGCACUUCGGCAGGUUUUUGCAGCCCAGGGGCUGCCGGACAUCAUAGUCUCCGAUAAUGGGCCCGCUUUCGCCAGCGCAGAGUACCUGGCCUGGCUGACAAAGAACGGAAUCCGCCGAAUGAUGGUUCCUCCGUACCACCCUGCUUCAAACGGUGCAGCUGAGCGGGUGGUGCAGACUAUUAAGGACAAACUUAAGAAGAGCCAGGCUGGGGAUUUCCGUACGCAGGUCGCCCGCAUACUCUUCCAGUACCGGACUACACCUCAUGAUGUCACCGGCCGUGCCCCCUGUGAGCUUCUGCUGGGACGGAUGGUGAAGACACCGUUGGACAUUCUGCAUCCAGACCUCCGGUCUACGGCGCUCCUCAAACAGCUGAAGCAGAAGCUGGCUGCUGACAAAGGGUGCCGUCCUUGGCCAUUGCCGGAGCCUGGAGUGCCAGUAUUCGCCAGGAAUUUCCGUUCUGGCCCACCUUGGUCUGCUGGACAAGUGGUCUCGCCUGCAAGCUCCUCCUCUCUGCUCGUACGAAUGCAGGAUGGAACCACAUGGCACCGGCAUGCUGACCAUGUGAGGGCUAACCGCGGGACCUGGCUUGCAUCCACGGCAACACCAGUUGCGGCCAGUGAGACAGCCAUUUCGCAAGGGACAGGCGCCUCCAAUGGUGCGCCACUAGUUGGGCCACCGGCAAGUUCAGUGCCAUCUCUGCCAACCACAGCAGUGUCUCAGGAGGAAUCAAGCGUGGCACAGGCAGCACCUGGUGCUACAGCACCUAGUCCCUCAACACCUGUACCCAGGCGGAGCAAUCGACGACGAAGGGCACCAGACCGCUUUUCGCCUACCUAA